UUUUUUUAUUAGGGGGUGGUACAUACUAUUAUCAUUACUGACAAAAUUACCGGUUCUUGUGCUGCCUACAUCCACAUGAUUAAGUUUUAUUAAACUCCACUUCAAGUAUAAAAGGAUUAUUAUCAUUAUAAUUAAUAUUAUUUUGCCCAACAGCUAAACUUCUGUGAGGCUAAACUUCCCGGUUUACUUGACCAACAGGAAAUAAACCGACAUCAUGAACGAAUUAUCCAUAGUACAAAAGUGAAAGUAGGAAGUUCCACUGGAAGUCCCAAGUUGACGUAAUUGGUGUUUCUGUUUUUGUUUAGAAUUGUGUUCGCGCCCUUAGUUCUGUAGGUAAGAGUCUGGUAUUAAGUAUUUGUUCUCCGAUAUCAGCAGUCGAAACUUAAGAGGACAUGGGCAUGAUCGAAAUGGUGACAGUGAUCGAGUGAGUGAACGUGACAGUGGGACCCCAUUACCACUUGUGCUGAAAAGAAGGUAAAAAGAAAACAGGAUUGUACAAGGAACUAUGUACUGCAAUGUGUUUGGAUUAGUCUAAGGGAAUUCCAAACAGUGAAAUAAAUAGCAACGCUGAAUGUUUGUUUCGGAAUGAAAUUGCAAGAUUUUUUAACCCUCCAGAGUCACGAUGACAGCAUUGUAAGAUGCAGAAAGAUCCCAAGUUAGUUGGUGGAAGUCGGAAUACAUUAAACGCAGACCUUGUUGUGGAUGGAGAUUUUUCAAUAAAGCAACCAACAGUACAAAAUUUGGUACCAAACCAGAAAGGUCAUAUUGUCUUGUCAAUGUUCCAAGACUUUCAAAUUGGAAAUAAUUCAAUGGAUCCUGGGAGUUUUCACAGUCCUUCCCAAGGUUCCCUCUCCAUGGAGAGCAAAAGGAGGGAGCAGAUGUUGGCAGACCUUUGGACACGGAAUUCAGGAGUGUCACAAAAUCAGUUUCUGUCUGUGGUCAGAGAGUUAAAGAGAGCUAAAAAUACUGUGAAAGAACAACAGCAGAGACUGGCACUGUACAAGAAUGCAAGUGUCGGAGACAGGCAAAUCGAGACCAACAAUGCUGUGGAAGAGAGAAUGAAGGCACAACAGAUUGAAAUAUGUGAUCUUAAACAAAGGAUUGAGAAUCUUCAAGUUCACAAGAAGCAGAUGAAGACUGAUAUUGAGGGAGUUUCUGUUGCUCCUGCAUCAAAUUCUUUUGAACUCCCCAGAACAAGCAGAGAAAACAGUUUUUCAAAGGAGGAUUGUGAAGUCAGUCGACGAGAGAAACAGCUUCUGGAUGAGAUUCACAAUUGGAAACAGAAAGUAGAAAGCCUCAAAAUGGAAAACACUGCAAUGAAAGAAAAUUACACAAAGUUGCAGAAAAGUUUGGAGGAUCAAAGGUUUUCCUCUAUUCAGAAAUGGUCGGAACUCUCACAAGAGAAUGCAAAAUUUAGGAAAGACUUAAAUGAAGCAGAGGAGGACAGGAAUAUGCUUUUAGAACAGGUCGAACAAUUAAACAACCAGCUUAAGGAUAAAGAAAGGAAACUGCACAGAAUGCACGAGAGUUAUGAGCAAGCAAUUCAAGACAGAAAUGUGUAUGAUCAAAGAAUAGCAGAAAUGAAAGCUCGUCAAGUUCAAAAGACCAAUCCCUUAUACUCCUCAAGUCCCAAGCCUGUCGUUUCACGAGUCACCCGUCCAAAUUACAGUGAACAUGGUGGAAGAACUAAUAGUACAGUGGAGGAUUUACACGAGGCCCUCAGGGAAUUCCAGAGGCAGCCAAGCCAUAAUCCAAAGACAUAUAGAUGUUCAAGGUGUUAUGAAGAUUUCACUUCUGAACAAGCCCAUUUGGAACACAUUCAAAAGUGUUAUGAUUAAAUAUAGUUUUUAUUUCAUGUCUUGGGCAGUAAAUGUACUAUAGAUAACAUUAAGGUUUGUAUUAUGUUCUGAUAUUUUGGUGAUAUAUAUGAUUUAUACUUCUUUUAAAAAAAUAUACUUGCAGUAUUGAGGGAGGGGGCAUGUUGGUUGUGGCUCAACAAAUCUGCCAUAUUAGAUGUGAUAGAGUGUUCUAGUGCUUUGAUAACUCUUGGUAUAGACUAUGAUGGCCACUCAUCCAUGACUGGUGUAAACAGUUUUAAAAUCAACUUUGACGACCUUCUAUGAGGUCUUGUGCCUUCUCUGUUAUGGUUGCACUGUGUUUUUUUGCAACUGGUAGUUUCCAAGCAGUUGCUGGAAAAGAUGUACACAAUAUUUCAUGAUUAAAUAUUUGUAAAAUAAUAAAAGACAUGACUCCGUGUCUUUUUGAUGUGGUCAAUAUUCAUAUUGUCAAGCCUGUUAAAAUGAUGCCCCCCCCCCCCCCCCCCCCCCAAAUGAAUGAAUUUAGCUCAGUUGCCAAUAUGCCCAAUACUAUUUAGUAUUGGGUGUAUUGAUAGAACACACAUUAGAAGCAAGAACCCAAAUGCUGAUGAACAUCUCCAUAUCAAUUGAUGUACCACACAAUAUUUAUAUACAUUGUGCAUAUUGUUCAAUGUUUUUAUUCUGUACAAUAAACUUUUAAGUUUC